AUGGUAGCCGCUGCUGGUGGAAUUCCUUCUUUUGGCCGUGUUUUUAAGACAUUCAGACACGAGGGUGUUGAGUUCUCCACUUGCGAGUUCUACAUGGCACUUUCGGAUUACCAACAGUUAAUGAAACUGACUGAGGAUAUGGUGAGUGGGAUGGUCAAACAGUUAAGAGGUGGUUACAAAAUCAAGUAUCCUGCUAAUGAGUCGCUCGAAAUUGACUUCACUCCUCCAUUCAGGACGAUUCAAAUGAUAGCAGAGCUCGAAAAGCAGGCAGGCCUGAAGUUACCAGAAGACUUGGCUAGCGAAGCAGCCAACACUUAUCUUGUUGAUGCAUGUGCUAGGCUUGGCGUCACAUGCCCUCCUCCAAUGACAACAGUUCAGCUGUUAGACAAGCUUGUGGGCAAAUAUGUUAAAGAUCAGUGUGUGCAGCCGACUUUCAUCGUAAACCAUUCUGCCAUCAUGAGUCCAUUGGCAAAAGAGCAUGGAUCAAACCCUGGUUUGGCUGAAAGAUUCGAGCUUAUUAUCAACAAGCAUGAACUCUGCAAUGGCUACUCUGUGUUGGUCGAUUCUCUCGAAAGGUUACAGCGUGUACAUGAUCUGCGCAGGAGUGGACAACCUGGACCCAGAGAAACAAGUGUUGCAGGCAGGGGCUAUUCACAAGCUUUGCUUUAUGGGAUGCCUCCGGCAUGUGCUUGGGGCUUCGAAAUAGAAAGAUUCAGUCUGCUCAUUGCUGGACGCCAAGGCCAGUCUCUUACCUUGAGGUUUAUUGUAAUUGGAUAA